AUGAGGCGCACGACGUGGCUGCUUUUUGCGCUGACCCUGCUGCUCGUCCAGAGGACACGCGUUAGUCGCGCCCAGAGAAGCUAUGCGCGACAGGGCGCCAACCGUGAGAACCCGACCGUUAAGAUACCGGAUCAGGGGACCGUCCUCGGCAAAGAGGUAGCCCUCGGUGGUACGCAGAGAGUGACGCAGUACCUCGGCAUCCCUUACGCGCAACCCCCGCUCAGCGAACUCCGCUUCGCACGACCGAUGACAGAUCCUCUCCCCUCUUGGAGCGGCGUGAGAAACGCGACGCAGUUCGCACCGUCGUGUCCGCAGGUCACGGGCCGGCUGAAACUGCACGAGAAACUCUACAAGCAACUGCUACCACCGGAUCUGCCCGAUCCGGGAUUCAGCGAGGAUUGCCUCUUCUUGAACAUCUUCGUUCCUGACGGGGGCCGUGGGGACGAGCAGUGGCCGGUGAUGGUUUGGUUCCACGGCGGCGACUUCAACACCGGUACCCCGGCGAUCUGGGACGCCUCCAUAUUCGUCAGCAGACAAAAGGUGCUGGUGGUGACGGUGGCGUAUCGAUUAAACAUCCUGGGAUUCUUCACGACGACCGACACCGAAGCGCCCGGCAAUUACGGCAUGUUCGACCAGAUCGCCGCCCUCGACUGGAUCAAGCGCAACAUCAAGCACUUCAACGGCUCGCCGAGCAACAUCGUGAUUUACGGGCACAGCUCAGGCGCGAUCAGCGUCGGCCUGCACAUGCUGAGCCCGCUGAGCCGCGGCAAGUUCUCCAAGGCGAUCGCGAUGAGCGGUGACGCGGUGAGCUCGGUCGGCUCGCCGGAAUCCGAGGUCGGGAUCGUGGAACGCGUCAUCGAGAAGUUCGGCUGCUACAGGCAGCCGACCACGAAGAUGAUGGAGUGCCUGCGCCGGGUGGAGGUCGACAUCCUGAUCCAAGAAACGUCCGAAAUCGAGACGUGGGGCCCGAUCAUCGACGCCGAGAUGAACAACGACACGGAACCUUUCCUCGCGUCACACCCGAAGGACAUCUUGGAAAGCGGGAACAUCAACACGGUGCCGCUGAUUGUCGGCUACACGAACAACGAGCAAGCUCUGGCGUACAUGGAGGCCACCGGCGGGCCGAACUCGGAGGGCAAGCUCUCCCCGGAAAGCUUCGAGAUGAUGAUCACGGACGAGUUCUUGCAGGCGGUGCAGGCCCCGGACGAGAACAGCACCUGCGAGGCGAAUCCCCAGUUGGUGGCGAACGCGGUGCUGUUCUUCUACAGGCCGUACCCACCGACGACCAACGGGACGAUACUCCGCGACAGAUACCUGGACCUGCAAACGGAGAAGAAUUACGCGGCCGGUCUGACGUUGCUGGCCGGCAAAGUGUCGAAGCGCAAGACGCCGGCCUUCGUCUACCGAUUCGACUAUCGUCCUCGGACGCCGUCGGUGGCGAAGGACGUGCCGGAAUGGGCGGGCGUGCCGCACAUGUUCGAGCUACCGUUCGUCUGGGGUCUGCCGCAUCUGAUGGGCGGCGCGACGCAGUGGAACUUCGCCGACAAGAAGAUGUCCGACGUGAUAAUGGCGAUGCUGGCGGCCUUCGCCAAGACCGGCGACCCGUCCCUGAACAAUCAGAUCAAGUGGGAGCCGUUCGCGCAGAAGAGCCCGGGGAUCCUGCUGAUCGACAAGAACAUCGACAUGAACCGGCCGGAGGAGGUGGACUACAGGGCGUUCGCGUUCUGGAACGAGUAUUAUCCGCAGAUCCUCGAGGAAGCGUCCGGCCACUGUUGCAACUUCACCAACACGGCGGCCAACGCGUGGACGAUGUUGCCGCGCGGCGUGUGCCUCGGCAGCGUGCUGGCCACGGUAGCGUUACAACGGCUUCGCUUUUGAGCCGCAGGCGUGAAAUACAAAAUACUGAAUUACAAACGUGUGUUGUUGCGCUCUUUGUUGUAUCUUUUUAAUAGACUAACAACUUGUCGAAGGAAGAUGAGAUACGGCGUCUCGUCGGGUUUUUCAAUUUUAUAACAAAGAUCUCCUCUCCCACUCUCUCUCUUUACUUUCCGGAAUCGACGAACGCGCUGAUAUCCGUCGUGAAACAUAUCUCGCGCUAGCUGAACGAUAACCUGCGAUGCGCGCAUCCAAUCGAGAUUUCUCGAGAAGUACGAGAUACGCACUUCGAUAAUAUCUCAAUUCUUCAAUCACACGGCGUUAUAUCACAAAGUUAUUUUAUUCCGUUCUUGUUUUCUUACAUGUUAUACUCGAGAUGCGGAUUAUAAGAAUUACGAAGAAGACCCAAGAAUAUUGUGAGACAGAGAGGGGCACGGAAUGGAACAGAGUCCACGGGUCGGCUUACAAAAGUAGGAAACUUGGGCCUUUUAACAUUCACUGAUCUUUUUUAUUAUUUGCUUUAAUACGGAGAGAUAUAGAAAAACAUACUUUGUUUGAGAAACAAACAGUUUGAUAACUUAUGAAUAUUUUGAUGAUCCGAUAAUAAUUAAUAAUAAUAUUAAUAAUAAUAAUAAUAGUAAUAAUCAUGUUCAUGUGUGUGUACCAUCUAUGUAUAAUUAUAUUAUAUAAGAGAGAGAGGUGCGCGGCGAGCGAUGCAUUGGGGGCUGGUGGUCUGCGCACGCGCACGUCCAAACGUUUCUUUCCUCUUUUAUGUUUUUUCUCUUUCUCGUGUUUCCUUUCUCCUAAAUAUAUAAUAUUAGUUAAUCAUUUUUUUUUUCUUCUUAAUUCACCUCAUGCAAAACUCCUACAGUGAUAACCGAUGCCACGGGGUCUCGUACUACUUUGUGCGCGUGUUGCUUGCGCGUGCACACGAGCCACCCCGGGACCAACGUAUAUACAAUAUUUCCUGCCUUCCGCUUCGCUGUGUCUCUCUCUUUCCGCACCGUAACCAUAUCUUCGUUCUUCGCUUCGCUGCGUUGCCUUGUGCCUUCGUGCUCCCCCCCCCCUCUCCCCCUCUACCGUCCGAACUUCCUAACCAUCGGUGCCACACAGAUCUCCCCGCAUACCGUCGCCUCAGUAUUCUCGUCAGCCCCCCUCCUCAUUGUCAUUAGUAUCUUUUUUUUUUCAUCUUGUGUCCGCCCCGAUCUUGUUUUUCUUGUUUAUCUUUUUUUUUUUCUUUCCACUGGUAUCUUCGGAUUUUUCAUGUAGGAGAGUAUGGGCUCUGCCAUAUCUACCUUACAGAAGUAGGCACAGCGAUUUCUUUUUCUGCUUCAUCUUCUUCUCUGGCGACUUCUUGUUUAUUUGCCGUACCAGGUCGUAGAAAA